AUGACUAGCCUGAUGAAAGGUAGAAGGUCGGAAUGGGGAGAAGAGGUUUCUUCAGAAACCGAACAUGGGGACAGGCUCCAUGAGAAGCAUCCGUCUUUGUGCGCCCCUGGCAGAAGGCGGCAAGGCUGUCGGAAUAGUGCACAGCAGAGGCGAGGCUUAGACGGUGAACUGGUUGGCACAGCCUUCGCGGGGAAGCGGAGGAGCCCGCGGAGAGGCUUCGAGUCGGGUACGAAGCGGCACCGCCGGACGCAGAAGCGGGAACAAGUUCCAGUUCCAGUCUAUCAUCCAACACCUAGCCAGACUCGGCUAGCGACUCAGCUGACUGAAGAGGAACAGAUUAGGAUAGCUCAAAGAAUAGGCCUUAUACAGCAUCUGCCUAAAGGGGUUUAUGACCCUGGAAGAGAUGGAUCAGAAAAAAAGAUCCGGGAGUGUGUGAUCUGUAUGAUGGACUUUGUUUACGGGGACCCGAUUCGAUUUCUGCCGUGCAUGCACAUCUAUCACCUGGACUGUAUAGAUGACUGGUUGAUGAGAUCCUUCACGUGCCCCUCCUGCAUGGAGCCAGUUGAUGCAGCACUGCUUUCAUCCUAUGAGACUAAUUGAGCCAGGGUUUCUUGUCUGACUUCAAGUGAACCAUCAUUUUUGGUGGUUUUGAUCUUUUGUCACUGAGCCCAAAGAGCCAGGGAUUAGGAAUUAAGAUCAUGCACAAAAGUUUCCUUAAAAUUCCUGGAUGGCUGCAGAUGUUGAGGAAAGUAUGUAAUAUUUUAGAAACUUAGGGGGGAAAAGUAGGAUGGUAUUUUUAUGUAAAGCCUUGACCCAGUGUUUAAAAAGAUAAUUGUAUUUAGAUCUUGUUAUUGCUCCAGUACAUAGGAAUUGUGUAAAGUGUUACAGCAGCUGUUUAUGUUUAAAUUGUGUAUGUUGAAGAUUAGGAAAAAAAUAGUGGUUAUUUUUCCUAAAUGAAAUAACUCUUCUUCCCUCCACCCAGAUUCUUUUCUGAAGUUACUGGCAUUUGGGUCAAGGUUUUAUUAAAAGCUACAUUUUAUAACACUGGCACAAAAAAGUAGUUUUAAGCUUGUUUGCACAGUUCUUUUUUUCCAUUGGAAAUGGAAUUCAUUGCCUUAGGUCUUUUAAAAUAGUGUAUUAUUGUUGGGGCUGGCUCUAUGCUUGAAAACAAGUUUAUUUAUAACCUGUUGUAAGUGCUAUAUUCUGUUUGCAGUUAGGAAAUGCAGAAUUCAAAGUGAUCUCCUAGCUUGUAAGCAAACUGAGAUGCACUAUCCCUUUUCUAUAAAAAAUGAGUUAAUGCGUCAAGAAACCAACUCCAGUGAAGUGGUUUAAUAGUACCCUUUCCUGUGUGUUUAUCUAACUGUUUUGGUUGUUAAUAUGGUGAUGAUUGAAAGUCAAUGUAAAUUUUAAAUAUGAAGAUUUCUGAUUUAUUGAGCUUGAAUUAUGCUACCAUGCUUAUGUGAAAAUGCAGGUGGCGCCGUGGUGAAACGUAACAAAAAGUAGUUUCUCAGUUGUAACAGUUUUGAUUUAUUCUUUCCUAUGACCUCCUUCCUUGUUGUCUUGACCCAUAGCAAAAGGAUACUGCAUCUCUCAUUACUGUUCUGCUGAGGUUUAUUGAAGUUACAUAAACACAUCUCAGUCUGUGUCUCUUGGAAAGGUAUCUAUUAAGUCCUCCUAGAUGACUGAUAAGACUAAGCAAGGAAUAAAGGUAAAUGUGUUUCAUGUUUUGCACACAAAUGCAGAAUUUGUAUAACUACAUGACUUCAUAGUUGUGAUCUCAAAAAAGGAAUUUCUCAUUUAAUUUUUCUUGCAGUUAAUGUAAGAAUACUCUAAAUCUCUAAGCUUUUGAAGUGUUAGAGGUAGAGAUGGUCUAGUAAUAUGUAGUAGUAAUGUUUUAUCCACUUAGCAUGUGUUUAUUUUUCCUCGUGUACUCAGAAGUGACUUAUUUGUUCAGCUCAGUGAUAUUACAGCUAAAAAUCAUUCAUUAGCAAAAGGAGACUCAGUCUCUGCCUAACAAACAAACGUUUCUUAUUAUUUUAUAUUGAGUUGAAUAUUUGACUCUAACACUUUUCUACAUACAAAACAAGUUUAUGGAAGGUUCUUCGUAAUUGCAUUAUAGGAGAGUUUAGUAUGUCAUAAGUACUUAUUUGACAUUCAAUUGUAUUAUGCAUAUGUUGGUUAAUUUCCCUGUGAGCCCCAUGAUGGAAUGACUCAAAGAUGAAUUUGAGGAAAAUUGAAAGAAACUAGAUUAUCAGGUUCUGUUAAAUUGUUACAUGUAUCUCGCUUAAAUUUCUGUUCAUUAAUUUAUAUCUACCCAAUUACAUAAAGCAAAUUUGGAGGAAACAGCUGAAUUUGUGCAAUAUUUUCAGUGAUCCUUUUUUAUUCUUGUGUUUUCUACUUAUACAUGGUGUCUAUAUCAGGUAUUUUAGUCAGAGUUUCUGUUUUCUAGAUUGUCAAAACUGGUAAAUGAACUUCCAUGUUGCAUUUAGUCUGUCUUCAUUAUAAGACUUCUUUCACAGAAGUUUGCUAAUUUUGAAGGAACCAGUAGGGAACAAAAUGCUUUUUGAGCACUUUGUAUUCUUUAACUUUGUUCUCUACAUACUCUGUUAAGAAUCAUCAAUUUUGGCUUUUACUAUGUUGUUAAAUAAAGUUAUAAUACAGCUGUGAA